AUGUCCAGUGUGUCAACAGCGUCUGGAACUCACUUUGCCCCACCUGAGACAGAUGGGUCGAUGGUUGAAGAAGUAGAUGGAAUACAGGCAAGAGCAGACCAGUUAGGGGACAAAGAUGUGUUGAGGCAAUUGCCUGAGAACAAUAACCUGACCAGCAGCUUGCAAAGAGAAAAGCGAAGAAUCCCCAACGACAAGGAGACUGAGAAGAAACACGCGUUACCUAAAUCGUUUGUAGAUAGAAAUUUAAGCGACGUAUCACCAAAUCACUCAUUGGACCACAUUAUUCUGUCUAAUGAACAUGAGCCUUACCGGAGAUCUACUGAGGAAAAUAUCUACCGGCUAAAUAACAAUAUCCACGGCAGUAACAAUAACAUUCAUUCUAAGCGGAAUUUUAAAAGAGAGGAGGCAAAAAAUCCUCAAAGGCCUUCCUCUUCGGCAGCUUACACCCAACAGCAGUUUAAUGGCUGGAAGAAAGAGUUUGGUCAUGCCUUUAAAAAGAUCUCAGCAAUUGGUAGAUUAAAAUCCAGCGUGAAUACUACCACACCGGCUGUAAACGGCCACCGCCACAACCAGCACCAGCAUCAACAGGUUAAAGAAGAAGAUCUGUACACACAAAGACUAGCCUCCGAUUUAUUGGAUUCGUUAUUGUCAGGAUGCCCGGCCUCAUUAUUCGCAAGCACACAAUUUCUAAGGGAUGAACAUGGUAAGAGGAGGGCACCUUUGCUAUUAGCUAAACUAAAUGUAAGGGUAUCCCCUUUGAAAAGUGACAACAACAUUUUGGAUAUCACCAAUAGUAACCAGAACCAUCACAGUAACAACAACAAUACUAGUAUCAACUCGGACAGAAGACCUUCUCUUCCAAGGAGAUCCAGCAUCAUAAGCAUUUCUUCUAAUGUAGCCGAAUUCAUGUACGGAAGGAACGAAAAUUCUUUAUUUAAAAUACACUUGGAAUAUGGAAUUGAUGAAAGCAGACUCAAAUGGUCUAUUAUAAGAAGCUAUAAAGACAUCAGAUCGCUACAUCACAAGUUGAAAAUCGUUGCAUUUCAACAACUCACUAUAAGCAAGCUUUACAGCGAUAACAACAGAUAUCAUUCGUUACAACUUCCGCACUUCCCCCAUUAUAAAGAAAUGGUUAAAGAGAAAAAUAUGCUCGAGAGAAAAGCGGAAAACAAACCACCGUCUUCGGCUUCAGCUCGUCAUAUAUCGGCAAACAGUGGUAGCGACAAUGGCAGCAAUAUUACAUCUUUGGAAACUUUAUCAUCUUCUGAAAUUUCUGAAUUUAACAUCAAUAAUGUAAAGAUGAAACAUUUACAAGACUUGAUUGACGAACCUGAUGAUUUCUCUCAACCAAUUCAUUUAAGAUUAGAAAGAUAUUUGAGACUGCUGAACAUUGCGCUGUGCUUGAGACCUCAUGCCAAUAGAUUGUUUGAAUUCUAUGAGUUAUCUCCUUUAGGAAACUUACUAAGUCGUGAAAACGGAUUCAAGGGCAAGCAGGGUUAUUUAGUCAUUAGAUCUACCGCAAAGGAUCAAGGUUGGAGAGUCUCUCAUUUCGGUAAACAUGCGUUUAAAGAUAUGAUUGAUCGACAUACGACGAAGUGGUUUUUGGUUAGAAAUUCUUACCUUACUUAUGUGUCUGAUCUCUCUUCGACAACCCCCCUAGACGUAUUCUUGAUAGACUGGAAAUUUAAGGUUAGGUUUUCCGGAAAUAAGAAUAAUAUUCUCGAUAACGAAAAUGAAAUAAAUUGGAUCAUUCACGAUCCAAACUUGGAAAUAAAUGACGAAUUUGCUGUCGGAAACCAGACUAAUGAUACCACUGAUAGGAAUGAGCGUUCGAAACCGCACCAAAAAAAAUCAAAUAUAUCUUCAAAACUAUUAUUGUUAACUUUGGAGAAUAGUGAAAGAAAAUUGAAAAUUAUUUGCAAAUCUGAGAAUUCAUUGAAGCAAUGGAUGAGUUCAAUUAUCAAAAUGUCCACUUCUACCUCUUGGUCAAGACCAAAUAGAUUUGGCAGUUUUGCACCCGUCAGAAAGAAUUCUUUUUGUAAAUUUCUGGUGGAUGGGCGUGAUUACUUUUGGUCAUUAAGCGAAGCUCUCUUAAUGGCAAAGGAUGUCAUAUAUAUCCAUGACUGGUGGUUGUCGCCCGAAUUAUACUUGCGACGCCCUGUGAAAGGCAAUCAGGGCUUCAGAAUUGAUCGUAUGUUGAAAGAUUGUGCCGAAAAAGGCGUCAAGAUUUUUAUUGUGAUUUAUAGAAAUGUGGGGAAUAUUGUUGGGACUGACAGUCUUUGGACUAAACACUCUAUGUUAAGUUUACAUCCGAAUAUACAUAUAAUAAGAUCACCUAACCAAUGGUUACAGAAUACGUAUUUUUGGGCGCAUCACGAAAAAUUUGUUGUCAUUGAUGAAACGUUUGCAUUUAUCGGUGGUACUGAUCUAUGUUAUGGUAGAUAUGAUACUUUUGAGCAUGUACUUCGAGAUGAUGCAGAGUCUUUACUAGAUCAAAACUAUCCUGGUAAGGAUUAUUCAAACGCUAGGAUCGCCGAUUUCCAUGAUUUGGAUAAACCAUUCGAAUCAAUGUAUGAUAGAAAAGUUAUUCCAAGGAUGCCAUGGCAUGAUGUGCAAAUGAUGACUUUGGGUGAGCCGGCAAGGGACUUAGCUCGGCAUUUUGUCCAGAGAUGGAAUUAUCUAUUAAGAGCCAAGAGACCUAGUAGACUAACUCCAUUACUGACUCCACCUUCUGAUUUAACCGCCGAAGAACUAAAGAGCUUGCCGAUGUUUGAAAUUUUACGCGAAAAGUCUACUUGUGAAACUCAAAUACUCAGAAGUGCAGGGAAUUGGUCACUUGGCUUAAAGGAAACUGAAUGUUCCAUUCAGAAUGCUUACUUGAAGUUGAUUGAACAAAGUGAACACUUUAUCUAUAUUGAAAACCAAUUUUUCAUCACAUCAACUGUCUGGAACGGAACUUGUGUAGUGAAUAAAAUUGGCGAUGCUCUUGUUGAUAGGAUUGUUAAGGCUGAUCAGGAAAAAAAACCCUGGAAAGCCUUCAUUCUUAUCCCGCUAAUGCCUGGGUUUGAUUCUCCAGUAGAUACUGCAGAAGCUUCCAGUCUUCGUUUAAUCAUGCAAUUUCAGUAUCAAUCGAUUUCAAGAGGUGAACAUUCUAUCUUUAGUAAACUGAAAAAGUUGAAUAUUGAUCCGGCCCAGUAUAUUCAAUUUUUUUCACUGAGAAAAUGGUCAACUUUUGCGCCAAAUGAAAAGUUGAUUACUGAACAACUUUACGUUCACGCUAAAAUUAUGAUCGCUGAUGACAGGAGAUGUAUUAUAGGUUCUGCUAAUAUCAACGAAAGAUCGCAGCUGGGUAAUAGAGAUAGCGAAGUGGCAAUUUUUAUCAGAGAUACCGACUUGGUAAAGACCAAGAUGAAUGGUGACGAGUAUUAUGCGGGAAGAUUCCCAUGGGAACUAAGGCAACGACUAAUGAGAGAGCAUUUAGGUUGUGAUGUGGAUCUUGUUGAAUUUGUUGAAAAGAAAUUCGAAAGGUUUGAAAAAGUUGCUAUGAGGAACUACGAAACGCUCCAUACCUUACGUAAUAAUGGCGAUACUAGUACCAAUUGGAGUAAACAGGAAAUGCUCGAUUCUGCUAUGAUUGAAUUGGGUUAUCGUGAAAUAUUCGGUUGUAAAUUCAGUUCCCAGUGGCGAAAUAUUCAUGGAAGCAGUACCAAUAAUAAAAGCACUCAGUAUGGCAUAAAGGAAAAGGAAGCAGGAAGAGAAAACGAAAACGUGUAUGAUAAGUUCUUUAAUUCCGCGAAUAAUGGACAUUCAUCCCGCAAGAAAAUGCCAUUGCCUAAACACGACUUUGCAUCAUUAGGGCUAACAUUUAACCACAGAGCAGGCGUUGAAAACAUCGGUAUAAGAGAUCAUAAAGUUUUAAGUACAGAUCCAAGAUUAAGAAAGAAUGACGAACACAAAAAAGAAGUUGACGGCUAUGGCCCCGAUGGUUGGAAAAAAGAAGCCAAUAAAAAACAUAAAGCUGACGUAACUGAACAGUUAAAGGAAUGGGCGUUGAAAUCAAUGUCCUCAAAAGUUCUCGAUGAUAAAGAAGAAAUAAAAUCCAGGAUUCCGGAAGGGUUUUCGAAUUAUUUGCCCGAUGAGAAAGACCUGGAAAUGUAUCUCACAGAUAAAACCGUUACAAAUAGAAACAAAUGGAGUAUGCUAAAAAGGAUAUGUUAUCUGCAAUAUUUAUCUCACAAACUUGACGAAAAAAAAUUACAGCGAUUAAAAAAAAUUAAAGACAUGAGAAGAGAUAUGAGUUCAAGUACAGAGAGUACUAAACAUGGAUCUAAUAGUUUACCAUUGAAUGAAAAGAAGAAUGAAGGAGAAAGCACCAAUGUUGAUCAGAAUAGCGAAUCUGAUGAAUUCCAUAGAUUACACGAAGACAUCUUAAAAAACCAGGAAUUGGACGAUAGUUCACUAGAUGAUCUACUUUCGCAGAUCAUUCCCAAGAUCACCAACUUCAACAAUGGUGAAAUUGAUGAUGCAAAGAAAAAAGAAUUACUUAAACUGAACUUCAUCGAUCCCUAUUCCUUCGAGGACCCUUUAAUUUCUUCUUUUUCUGAAGGACUUUGGUUUACUAUUGCAUUGAGAAAUACGUUACUUUACAAAUUAGUAUUUCAUUGUCAACCUGAUAAUGCUGUACAGAAUUGGAAAGAAUACGGAGAAUUCACCGAAUUAGAACAGGAAUUUCAAAUAAACCAAGAUAAGUUGAUCAACUUAGAAGCUGAAAAUAUCAAUUCUACGACUACGCGUAUUGUAGAUAAGGAGAGGGAAAAGGAAAAAAUGAGAAAAGCUGCUGAAUUAAGGAUGAAGUUAUCUGGCAGUUUGCUGUAUGGGUUCAAUCAAAAGGUUUUUGACAAACAUACGGCACAAAGGAUCUUGGAACGAAUCCAUGGUCAUUUGGUCAUUUUCCCCACCGAAUGGUUAGCCAAAGAAGUUGAGAGUAGAAAUUGGAUUUUUAACUCGGAUAGGCUUUCACCAAUGGAAAUCUACAAUUGA